AUGGCGCGUCUGAUACAGACGAGGCAUUCAUAUUUUGCCGAGGUCAAGGCGUGGUUCGCCGUGGGGCGAGGACGACUGGUGCUCUUGCUCCUCGUAGUGUUCGUGGUGGCUGCCUUCUGGCUCGAAAUGUUCAUCGGGAAGCCGUUCAGGCAAUCGUCGGCCACAUCGCUUCGCCAGCAGUCCUACAGGAAAACAAAUCGACGCGCGACGGCAAAGACGACGACGACGACGACGUCGACUGCGGGCAUCGGUUCCCUGGAGAUCGGCCGCAACGUUCUUGGCCCCGAUUACAAGUCUUACGACCAUGUCGGAACGGCCUCUCCGCGAGCGUAUUGCGAGGCGAAGCCGGGACACUUGAAAGGCCUGGUUCCCGUCGUGAAGGAAGUGCCCGAGUACCGCAGGCUAGAACCAUUUUUCCUCCACAUCAAGCCCGGGGGCCGCUGGUGGCCAAGUCACUGCCUGGCGCGCCACCGCGUGGCCGUCAUUGUGCCGUACCGAGACCGGGAGAGGAACCUGCGCGUUUUCCUGCACCACAUGCACCAGUUCCUGCGAAAACAGGAGCUCGACUACGGCAUCUACAUAAUCGAACAGAGCGGCAAAGGCGACUUCAAUCGAGCCAAACUGCUGAACGUCGGCUACGAGGUGUCCAAGACGAUGCACGACUACAACUGCUUCAUCUUCCACGACGUGGACCUAUUACCAGAGAACGACCAAAGCAUCUACGCGUGCCAGGAGAACCCAUACCACCUAUCCCGCUGUCUAGACAUAUACAAAUAUGAGCCGUCCUACCCCACCAUAUUCGGCGGUGUGAGCGCGCUGACUCAAGCGCAGAUGGAGAAAGUCAACGGCUUCUCCAACGUCUUCUGGGGCUGGGGAGGAGAAGACGACGACAUGUCGACGAGGUAA